GAGCCACGAGGAUUGAGGUCCGUUAGUUUAUUUUAUGUGGAAGAUACAUGUGUGAACAUCCAACUCUGUUCGCGCACGUACGGCAGCCCCCACCUAAUUCUGGCGAUGAUGGUCAUAAAUCCUUUCCGCCUCCCUAACAAAACCCGAUUCUCGUUACCUUUUCUCUAUAAACCAAUCACAGGAGGAGGAGGAGGAGGAAGAAGCAGUUGUUCUGCUUUUACUUGUCGCUCUGUAUCAUCAGUUACCAGCUUCACUUGGGACGACGUCGUUCAAGCCUCUCUGCCUGUCUAUGCCCCAAAUGAUUCUUCAGAUCUCUCUGGCUUCUUCGAAAAGAUCAAAUCUUGCAAUCGCGGCUCCUCCGAGAUAAAAUCUGAAUUUAUUCCAUUGGUGAUAGAGGAUCAAAUAGUUGGUUACAUACAUAACGGUUUUUUUUAUAAUUAUUUGAGGAGGUUUAAGGACGUGUUUGUUGUUGUGCCAAGUGAUUCUCGUUUCGGCACCAAUGUGACUUUAAAUAAAACACUAAGCACGCCAGAGGAAAGAACCAGGGUUGUUGGAAAAGUAAUCAAAUGCCUGGCAGAAGAAGAUAAGGAACUGAUUCCAGGAAUCCGGAAUGAGUUGUACCCUGUCACACCUUCGUUCGGAUCGCCCCCCUAUUUUUCUCUUGAACGUGCUGCCGCUCCUUAUUUUGGAAUUAAGGCAUAUGGAGUUCAUAUGAAUGGUUUUGUGAAAAGAGAUGGGGAGAAAUUCUUAUGGAUAGGAAAGAGAAGUCCAAUGAAACAAACUUUUCCUGGGAUGCUUGAUCAUCUUGUUGCUGGUGGACUGCCUCAUGGGAUGUCUUGUGUUGCAAAUCUUAUAAAGGAAUGUGAAGAGGAAGCAGGGAUUCCUCUAUCCCUUUCUAAUCAAGCCAUGUCAGUUGGUGCUGUUUCUUAUGCGGAUGUUGACAGGUAUAGAUACAAGAGGGAUGUUCUAUUCUGUUAUGAUUUAGAACUCCCUGGUGAUUUUAUUCCUAAGAAUCAAGAUGGGGAAGUGGACAGUUUCAACUUGAUACCUGUGGAAAAUGUUGCAAAUGUAAUACGGAGGACCCAUUUUUUCAAGCCUAAUUGCUCUCUUGUUAUCAUGGAUUUUCUGUUUCGACAUGGGUAUAUUAGUCCUGAAUGCUUGGGAUACUUGGAUUUAUUACAAAGUUUGAGAAGUGGAGAUACUUCCUAAAUAUGCUCUCACUUUGUUGAAUUUCUAAACUUCAACAAAAAGAAGGGGAAAAAAUAUAUAAGCUGCCCUGUGUGGUUCAAUAUCAUCUCAUUUGCAACAAAAAGCUUGUUUGCCAGAGACUUCUUUUAUGGUGAUUGGAAGGUGCAGGCAGCUUGCUGUUUGGAGGUGAAUCGCAUUAAUGGAUCUGAAGUGCCCAAGCAAAGGUUAAAAGGAAAAAAAAAAAAAAAAAUGGGAAAGCAUAUGCUAUCCGGACCUCCACGUUUUCCUGCCUGCUGUGUUGAAAAAGUCCUUCGCCUUGACGGUAAAUGCCAGUUUUUAGUCAUUUCGAAAGAUUUCACUGCUAAAAAUAGAUGCUGAAUUUCAUUAAAGAUGCUGUAAUUGUUCUCAAUUACAUUAAGACAGGCAAGAGCAUGAUGAGGUCCUUGGGAUCAAGGAUGAUAGUGCUGAUACAUUUGGUUUGCGCCUGUCCAAGAGGCCAAAUUUGAGUUUUGCUUCUGUCGUUUCAUCAUCAAAGAGGAAUCCUAAUUUAUUGUA